GAGAAAGAGAAAGAUUGUGAUCAGCUCAGGUGGUAUAUCAUCACCAUCAAAACUAAAUGGAGAGAGGAAGCAGCUUAUAGCGGUGACUCUUUGGCCAACCUUUACCGAAUUUGCAAACCUGAAUGAAUUCGGGUGGAAUUGGUUUCCUGCAACGUGCCUAGGUGAUGAUUUGUGGCACAAACCAUGGUUUCUGGUUGCCGACUGGCAUGCAGCGAUAAGAGGCUGCUGGGGUGUGUGUGGCUCCUGUGCCUUUAACGUUCAUUGACUUAAAGCUUCUCCGAGCCAUGGGUGUGGCUCAGUGGUAGAGUUCGGCAUGUAGAGGUUGCCAGGUUCAGUUGCAGGUAUAUCUGCUUUGGGGCUGAGAGAGAGAGAUCGAGAGAGAUCACUGCAUGAAACCCUGAAGAGUUGCUGCAGACGGCCAAGCACCCAGCGGCCUUCCCAGUGAAGUCCAUGGAUCCCUCUGCCUCUCUCUUUGGGGAGAAGCCCUUGCUUCAUGCUUCUCUCACCCUUCCGAAGCUGGAGGAAGUCCAGGCCCGACUGCUGCAGCCCAUUGCCCCGUCUGCUUCAUGGCUAGCCUCGCUGAAGCCUCUCCAUACCCAGAGCCAGGUCGUGGCAGGCUCCUUGACAAUGCCAAAUGCUCUGGAUUUCAAAUGGCUUGGCUCAGUCCUUGAGCAGACACAGGCAAGGCAGCCUGCAGCAUCUGACGCGAAGAAGCUUGUGUCGUAUUCUGCCUUCUCUGAACCAAGGCUGCUCUGCUUGGAGAAUUCUCUUCUGAAGCAGCCUGCCAACUUGGCUGUUCAGGGGCUGGAGGAAUCCAGGGCUCGCCUGCUGCGCCCUAUUCCCACCUCCGUUGCUUUAUCAAAGCCUUUGAAUGUGCAGUUGUCUCGCCGACUGGACCAACAGGAAAGUACCUCAACAUCCUUGGGGUUGCCACCGGGUUACAGAGCCCAGGAUGAGGCUUUUGGACCAAGCACCAAACUGGAAGAACCACAGUUGCAAGAGAAAAGCGAUGAGAGAGUAGCUGUUGACGUGAUCCCAGAUUACGUUCUGACUUUGCCCAAAGAUGACCUGAAAGUGCAGUCGGAAGAGGACGAUUUUGGGGCUGAUGAGCUGCCUGUGGAGAGCAAAGAGCAGCAAGUGAAAGAUCAAAAGUUGAUGUUGUUGAGCCUGGCCUGCUGUUCGCUGGUGGAAGGGCCGAAGUUUGGAAAUCCUCCUGGUGAACUUCAGCAGGCAUUGACGCAAGUGUGUGAGAGCCUAGCAGAGCACGAUCCUGAAUUCAUUCUCAAGGUUGCCCUGUACACUCGCCAGGAACUGAAUAUCCGCAGUACGGCCAAUUUUCUCCUGGCGCUCUCUGCCCGCCUUAUGCCCUGCCGCCCACAUCUGCGACGGUAUUUCUGCCACACUGUGCAGCUCCCCUCUGACUGGAAGGAGGUGGCCAAACUCUUUCAGGGCCUAGCAGGGGAAGGAAAAGCUCUGGCUCCAAUGCCUUGCUGUCUUCGCGCUGCAAUGGCCGAUAAGUUCCGGCAGUUCGAUGCAUACCAAUUGGCCAAAUACAAUAACCGCAAGAGCAAGGGGAAGAAAAACCGUCGCCCAAAACCCAGGAAGCAAGAGCCAAGAGCUUCUGACUGGGAAGAGCAUUGGCCUGGUCGGAACAAAUUAUUUGCAAAAAAAGCCAGAUUACUCCAGACAAAGUUUGAAGAGGAGUUGAAAAAAGAAAAGAUGCGUCCCGCAGCCCCCAAGGACCUCUUCUCUCUGAAGGCUUUGAUACAGCGCCUUCACAUCUCUGAGCCGGCCCAGCUUGUUAUGAGUCUCCUGGGACGCAGGUACCCCUCGGAUUUGCCUGCCUUCUCGCGAAGUCGCCUCCCUGGGCCCUGGGACUCCAGCCUUGCUGGCACUCGCAUGAGGCUGCCGAAGCCUCAAACCUGGGAGCGGGACCUCAGCCAAUUGGGGAACAAGGCCAAGGCCUGGGAAGAGCUGAUUGAUGCAGGGAAGCUGCCUUUCAUGGCCAUGCUGCGGAAUCUGCGCAACAUCUUACGGGCUGGCGUGAGCGAUCGACACCACAUGCGGCUGCUGAAGCGCCUGGAGGACAAGGAAUCCGUCAUCCGCAGCAGGCAGCUCCCUUUCCGGUUCCUUUCAGCCUUCAAGGUCCUGAAAGAUCUGGAAAAUGACCUCAGAGAGAAGGAGACCCCCUUCCCUAGCAACAAGGACAUCAUCCUAAGGAUCGUACAGCGCCAUGGGCUGAGCAUCUCCUACAGGGGGUCAUCGCAUUCUUGGACACGCCGAAGUCUGCGUGGCUGUCUGGAGAUCCCUGUUAUCUUCAGUAUGGUGAAGCGUGAGAAGAGGAAACUCCUGAAGACCAGAGAGAUUCGCUGCAGCCACGCCCUCCUGCAGCGUUACCAGGAGGCUCUGGAGAAAGCAAUCCACAUUGCCGUUCGGCACAAUCUGCCCCCCAUCCCUGGCCGCACCCUCAUCCUGAUAACAAACUCAGACAUGUUUCAGCCCUACGUGAAGGCCCAGGAUCUCUGCUGCCCCAGCACCAACGGGCAGGAUGACACUGGACAGGCCUCCGAACCGCUUACGAAGCUGGAUGUGGCCAAACUGUUAGGCUCCAUGGUGCAUUUUGCGUCGGAGGAAGCCCAGAUUCUCUUCAGCCACGAAGGACAAGAAUUCAGGCCUGCUGCCAUGACGGGCUCUGUGCUGACGGAUGUGCAAACUCUGCGGGAUUUGGGUGAAUACUACACCUACGAAGAGGAUCACAGAGUCAGAGACGUCAUCAUGGACCUCAUCGCUCGCCGCCAAAAGGUGGACAGAAUUCUUCUUCUGAGCGCUGAGCCCCACGUCCCGCUCCUUGGCUCUGCCCUUUGGCUGUAUCGCCACCAUGUGUCCCCAGACUGCCUCUUUGUCAAUGUCUGUGCGAAUGCUGCGAGUUCAAGUACUUCCGGUUCCAGGAAUGUUGUGAUAAGCGGGUUCAAUGAGCAAGUGCUCAGGUUUAUGGCCGAAUGUGGCAACUCCCGGUUCCUAGAGCAUGUUGGGAAGGCCGAUGAGAUCCAUGGCCUGCCCAAGAAGCGAAAGGCAGCAGCGGCUGAGGUGGAAACCAGGGUUGCCUCCUUGAUACCAGCCCCCAAGAGCAGGUGGCGCUCCGUCAGGAUUUUUGUCUCCUCCACCUUCCGGGACAUGCACGGCGAACGGGACCUGCUGAUCCGCUCCGUCUUCCCUGAGCUACGAGCCCGGGCAGCCCAGUUCUGCCUGGCGAUAGAGGACAUCGACCUCCGCUGGGGGAUCACUGAGCACGAGAGCCAGCAGAACAAGCAGCUGGAGCUCUGCUUGUCAGAAGUCUGUCGGAGUCAGCUGUUCAUUGGGAUCCUUGGGGAGCGAUAUGGCCACGUCCCUACGGAGUAUUCCUUGCCAGAUGAACCCCAUUUUGAGUGGGUGAAGUCUUACCCAGCGGGCCGCUCCAUCACUGAGCUGGAGGUGGUUCAGUUCCUGAACGGUUGUGAGAACCCUGCUGCAUCAUCCAGGGGCUUCUUCUACCUCCGGCAGCCAGACUUUCUUGACUCCGUGCCAGAAACGUGGAAGGCGGAUUUCGUGGCUGAGUCAGAGGAGGCCAAGAGCCGGCUGGCAGACCUGAAGGAGUGCAUUGAGAACCAUGGCAGCCUGGCUUCGUGUAGCAGAUACGUUUGUCAAUGGGGCGGGGUUGUCCAGGGCAGGCCAUAUGUCAAGGGGCUUGAGGAUUUCGGUGUCAAGGUCCUGCAAGAUGUAUGGGAAUGCCUCCGGUGCCAGUUUAUAGAGGGAGAUGGCUCCACUCUGGCUGAUGACAAAGCAGAAAAGGAGGAAGAAAAUGGCCUGCAAGACUCUUUCCAGGAGUUGCAGCAGAGGAGGUUUUGUGCCCGGGCAAAACUCAUCCACACUGUGGCUGCCCAGCUGCAUGGAGGAAAGCUCUGCAUUGUGAGAGGAGAACCUGGCCAAGGGAAGACUGUCUUCCUGGCGGCCCUUUCCCAGGUGCUUCGAGCAAAAGCCCCGCAGCAGAAAGAAGACCCUGCUCCCAGUUACCACGUCGUGACCCACUUCACCCAAGCCCGGCCUGAUCAGGCCGAAGCCCAGGUCAUGUUGGGCCACCUGUGUGCCCAGCUGAGGAAAUUGCUGGAGCAUCCUCCAGCCCCACCCAAAAGCUACAGGGGGCUGGUUGGCCAGUUUGAGUCCCUCCUCCAUUCUGUGGCCCUGUGCUUGAAGCGACGCCAGUCUCUGGUGGUUUUGGUGGAUGGCGCUGACCUUACCUACACGGCCGGUGGGCAGCUGGUUUCUGAUUGGCUGCCCGAGGAGCUGCCCCAGCGAGUCAGCCUUGUCCUCAGUGUCUCUGAGGGAUCUGUACUCCUUGGGUCUCUCAAGCGGCGGAAGGACGCCUUCUCCAUUCCCCUUGGACCUCUGGACCCCCCUGACCGAGUUGCCAUGGUCCGCAAAGACCUGGCCUUGUAUGGCAAAAAGUUGGAGGAGUCGGCUUUCAACAACCAAAUGCGGCUGGUGCUCCUGAAGCGAGGCUCCCGGCAACCUUUGUACCUGACCCUGUUGACUCAGGACCUGCGGCUCUUUGCCCUGUAUGAGAAGCUCUCGGAGAGGAUCCAGAAAUUGCCUGUGUCACUGCCUUUGCUGCUGCAGCACCUGCUGGGCUGCCUGGAGCAAGAUCACGGGGAGGAGAUGGUUUCUGUUGCCCUCGUGUGUCUCUGGGCCAGCAGAGAUGGCCUAAUGGAGCGAGAUCUCUACACCAUCCUUGGUGACUUGAAGGACCUGAAUGGGAUUGACUUCACCAUGGAACACGCCAUCUGUGUUGAAAGACAAGCUAGGAGCCAUCCCAUGGCCCCCUUCUUUGACUUCCUGCGGAGCUUGAGGGGCUUGCUUGGGGCAUGUGGCUCCCCCUCAGGGCCCUCAGGCUCUCGACUGCAUCUCUCCAGCGCCCCCUUGAGGAUGGCAGUAGAACGGCGCUAUCUGAAGGAUUCAGGCUUAGACUACACAGCUCAUAUGCUCUUGGCAGCUCAUUGGUGGAAACUGGUAGGCUUGGACGAUUCCUGGAACCAGAAUUGUGAGGCAGAGGCCUUGAUGGCCCUUCCCUAUCACAUGGCCCAAUGUGGACACUUUGAAGUGCUGGGUGCUUUGCUGACGGACCUGAGCUUUGUGAGUGCUCACGUCCGACUGGGUCUCCUCCACUGCCUCUCUGAGGCCUACGCACUCUAUGAGACUGCGUCUGACUUGGAGGUCGAUGAGACUGUGAGGACCUUCCGGGACUUCCUGCAAAGAAACAUGGGGCUGCUUUCCCAGAAUCCUCUGCUGCUUCUGCAGCAGGCAGCCAACGAACCGCAUGACUCGUCGCUGUGUGAUCAGGCUAUGAAAGAGCUCAUUGACAACGGGAGGCCUAUCCUGAAAUGGGUUAACAAGCCCCAGGAAGCUCAGAAGACCAAUAGCCUUGUCCUGAGCCUGCCUGCCACUCCUUCCUGUGUCUCCGUUGCCCCUUCUGGAAAGCUGGCUGCUGUGGGCACCGCUGAGGGAACCCUGCACCUCCUGGAUGUAGAGACUGGGCAGGAACUGAAGUCCUUGCUGAGUGCUUGUGAUGGGAUCUCAGCCUGCGAGUUCCUGUCGGAGGUAACAGUCUGUCUCGGGGCCUUCAACGGACGCUUGGAGCUAUGGAGCCUGAGGGAAGGGUGCAGGCUCAUGGGCACAGAUGCCCAUAAGACCCAGAUCACAGAUUGCUGCACCAAUGCUGACCGCAAGCUGCUCGCUACUGUCUCCCUGGAUGGCCACCUCAAGCUCUGGGAAUCUACUCAUGGUCAGCUGACACAUGAACGAGACUGCUUGUGUCCUUUGAACUGUGUGGCCUUUCACCCCGAGGGUCAAUUGGUCGCUACCGGAGGGUGGGACAGAACUGUCACCGUCCUGGAUGCGAAUGAGAUGAGUGUGACCUCGGUGAUGAAAGGCCACGAUGCCUCCAUCCAUUCCAUUUCCUUCUCCUCGGCUGGAAAUGUUUUGGCAGCAGGAACCCUGAUGGGGUCUGUCCACCUCUGGUCGUGGCAGGAGGCUGUUGUCCUGAACACAUUCUCAAGUCACUCGGGUUGUGUCUCUGCUUCUCUGUCCCUCCCAGGGGGCAAACUGCUCACAGCAGGAGAAGAUUGCAAGGUCCAGCUUUGGGCAGGUCACAUGGGGCAGCUGUGGAGCACUUUGGGGUCGGGAAUCUCCUCCCCAGCUCUCUGCACUGCAGCCAGUCCUGAUUGCGGCCGCUUGGCUGUGGGGCACCAUUCGGGAGACCUCCGGAUCUUCACGCAUCCUUGGCACACUCCACUGCCUCACUGUGCUGCAACGGGGGUAGCUUUCUGUAGCCUGGCCUGGCUGGACAGCCUCCACCUGGUUGGGGGCAGCAGCGACGGGUCCCUGUACAUCACAAACACCUCCCAGCGCAGCCGCCCUUGCCUCCGUAAGAUGCACGGCCACAAAGGAGCCGUGACGGGCCUUGCCGUCUUCGAGAAGCUGGUGGCGUCGGUGUCAGAGGAUUUCACUAUCCAGCUGUGGCUUUCAGAGACUCUGAGACCAACGGAUCUUCCUACAGAUGCUGACAUCUUGCCCCUUGCUGUCCUCCGGGGUCACACUGGAGGGGUGACAUGCUGCGCCUUCAGCCUUGAUGGCCGCUACCUUGCCACGGGAGGCAAAGACCGGGCCUUGUUUCUCUGGGAUGUCAGGGACCCCUCCCAGAAGCCACCCUCCCUCUGGCGCUCCCUGCCUUUCUGCCACCAGGACUGGAUCGCCUGCUGCAGCUGGGCAGGCCCCAUGUUGCUCACUGGCUCCAACGAUUGCACUGUCUGCCUCUGGGAUCCCAAAACUGGCCAGCGCCUCCAGGAAUUCCUGGGCCACCAAAGCCCAGUAUGCAGUGUCACGAGUGAGAAAGAACAUGUGUUCUCCGUGGGCAGGGAUGGGAUGCUGGUGGUGUGGAACCAACAGGGGCUGGAGAUGACUCGCUUCCUGGCUCAUCCUGACCGGGCCAACCACUGUGCAGGCUUCAGAGAUCCACGGGAAAAAGAGUUUAUUUUGGCUGCAGCUGGCGGUGAUGGCACAGUGAAACUAUGGAAGCCCCUGAAGCUGGCGGAACCUGACGUCUUCCCUGGCCACUCCGCUGCCAUCUGUGGGGCUGCUGCUUCUCCAGCAUCUUCCUCUUUCUUGACAAUAUCCAAAGACAACACCGUCCGAGUGUGGGCUGCCCCCAAGGAAGAGGCAGGGGCCGCCAAAGACCUCCCCCCUCACCACGGUGCCGUCACGGCCUUGGCCUGGUCCCCCGAUGGGGACUUCGUUGCAUCUGGUGGGGAAUGCGGAGACCUGGUCCUCUGGCACAAAGCCAAGGCUGUGGAGAAAGUGAAGGCCGGCCUGCGUUGCAUCAGUGCCUUAGCCUUCACUUCCACCCGCACCAUCCUCGUGGCAGCUGAUGGGAUCAGCCUCUGGUACAUAAGCAGGCAGCACGAUGGAGCCGUCAGCCUGACCCGCAGGAAGUCCCUGCGCCAAGCAGAGGAGUCUUCUGCGCUCUGUGUGGGGGUGUUCAGGCCCAGCGGCCCCAUAGUCCUAGGAAUGGCCAACGGAGACCUGCUGGUGCUGCAGCCUGGAGCCGAGAGCUUCCAGCAGAACCCAUACACAGACAAAGUGUGGGAUUCCCAGCAGCAUGUGAGCUUUGACAUAUCUGUGUCCGAGGAUGAGGAGGAGGAGGGGCAUAUAUUUCACAUCUGGGACUCCAUGCACAGCCCGACCUUGUUCAAGAUGAGGGUAACCGAAUCUGGGGAGUUGGAGGACACAGACGCCCUGGAGAAGAUACCAUGGGUACCCCAAAGGCCCUCUGUUUGGGUCACUGUUGCCCGGCAGGUCAAAGGUAAACUCCUAUUAUGCGCAGACUCUGAGGGAUGCCUCUGGACUCAGACCCGGCAGACUGAGGAGAGAGUGGAUAAAUGGAAGCCUGACGGCUGGCAGAGGAAAAAGAUUCACAGUGACAAAAUCACAGCCCUGCAUGUUCUUGGAGACAGGAUUGUAACAGCAUCACAUGACCGAGAUGUGAAGAUUUGGGAUGGCAACACUAUGAAACUGCUGGGCCAGUUCCGAUGCCACGGGCCAGUUUCACAGCUCCAGCCUUGGAUCGAUGCAGACUUCUCCCUUCUCCUCUACGCGGGUGACACUCUGGGCAACGUUUACUCCUUAGAGUGGGGCUCCGUCUCUGCUUGAGGGACGUGUCUUCCUGGGGCGAGCUCCUGCCAGCAGCCUCUUAAGCCUGGCACGUCUCCUUUCCAGACAUGAAUGCAGCUGUUUCGCUGCUACCUCCUCAGCCUUGCCCCACCCUUGCCCAGCUGGAAUCUACAGAUCCCGCAUGGCUUCUUAGUUGAUGUGGAGGCCGUGAUUCUGUCGCAGCCUAUGCUUGCUUAGCAACUGUAGGCCACAGAGCUCAGAUAACCAUGUGAGGAACCACCUUAGAAACUUGGCUGGAGUCUGGGUUUGAGCCAAUCAAGCUUUGUAGCUCACCUCUACCUAACCACAGAGGUGAAAAACAAGUUUCAGAAGGGCUAAAUCUAUCGUGUGUACAGAUUUCCCCUGCGCCCCCUUUGCCUUCAAAAGACUGUGAUGACAAAUUUGCAACCACUGAUGCCUUCUGUAUAGUGUUUUUAUUUUGCUAAUGUGCCUUCCCUUAUUUUACAAGUCUAUUAAGAAAUAAAAUGGAGCAAUGUCAACCA